AUGAAUUAUAUUAAAUAUAACAAUUAAAGCAUGUUGUUUGAGAAACUAAAAAUAUACAACACAAAAGAAAAGCUAUUGGAAAGAUUGAAAGAACUCAAGAAGGAGGAGGAAUUGAAAAGAAAUACUCCAAUGAAAGAAAAAGUUAAACGAACUUUUUCAACAUCUCAAUCAUAAAGAACAACUUUGAAUAGUUUUAAUCGGUUGUCAACUUCCCCUAAAGUUUAAUGCAAUUUGGAAAUUGAAAAAAUUAAAAUGCCUCUCACUUUUGAAAGAUAUCAAAAUGUAACAAGGAUGACAGAAAUCCCUAUACUAAUAAAUAGAUUAUCAACUCCACAACCUCCUCAAAAGAGUAUCCUUGAAAAAUUAAAUGAAUAAGAGGAAGAGAAAAUGAUUAGAGAAUUAAUUGAUAAUUUUAAGCCAGAAUUGUAUGACGAUAUGAUGGAGAAUGAUUAACAAGAAAUUGAAAGAUAAAAUGAUGAAGCACAUACGAAUUCGAUGAAACAAUUUUCAUAUCAAGAUUAUAGUCCUUAAAGGAUGAAUAUGAUAAAAAAGCAUCAGCAUCAUCACCAUAAAUCAAACCCAUCUCACCUCAAGAAUAAUCAAAAAUACGAAGAGCAAAAACAGCUAUACAUAUAAUAAUUGGAAUAUAAGGGAGAUAUUAAUUAAGAAUUAACUACUGAUAGAGGAAAAUAUAUGAGGAAAUUUCGAUUGGCUAAUAAGAAUUUGAAUAAAGUAUCCUAAGAAGAUUACAGAAAGACUAUGAAACAAUUUAAUAAAUUAGAGGAUUAUGCAUAAUUUUAUAAAUAAACUCCUAAUUUGUACAUAUAAUUGAACAAAAGCUCCCAUUAAUAGCAAAUAUUUUAGAGUGGUCUAGGACUCGUUUAAUAAUGUAAUCACAUCUAAGCUGCUAAUGCGUAAGCACAAAUUAGAUCCCCUUAAUAAGUUAAAGUAUUUUCUGAUGCUCUCAAAACUCAGUAAUGUAAGACUAUUACACAUUUAAAGUUGAAUCACAAUAAACUUAAUUCAUUGAAAAUUCAACAAUUGACAAAGUCAUUCCCAUAACAUCUGUAGGAAUUAGAUUUAAUGAAUAAUGGAUUAGAUUCAAAGUCUUGUUAGUUAUUAUCUAAAUAUAUCUAAAAAUCAUAGAUAAAGAAAGUAAAUUUGGAAAACAAUAGAAUUGGCGAUAUUGGAAGUAACGCAUUAUGCUAGGCCGUGCAGGAUCACGAUUAUUUAUUAUACUUAAAUUUAUCCAAAAAUAAUUUAACAGAACAUUGUUGUGUUGAACUAGCAAACUAUAUCAAGAAAACACAGGUUCUAUUUGAAUUAUAUCUUCAUUUUAAUUCAAUAAAUAGCGUUGGAGCUGUUAAUAUUUGGAAAGCAUUGUAUAAAAAUUCUAGCGUCAAGGUCUUUGAUAUUUCAUAUAACAGAACAGCCUCUUUAGAAUGUUCUUAACAAAUGGCCAAAGUAAUUAUUAAAUAGUAUCCAGAACUGAUGCAUAUUGAUAUUUCAUAUAAUGGAUUUAAUGAGGAACAGUCUAUUGAAAUUAAAAAAGCCUUAGAUUAAAAUUAGAAUAUAUAUGGAUUUCAUUAUUAGGGGAAUUGCCCAAAAUAUGCAGUUGACUCUACUGGACAUUUAAGAGAUAGAAUUCAAGAAGCUAUAGAUAUCCAAAAAAAAAUUGAUGAAUGCAAAAAAAAUCCUCAAACUACUCUAAAAUUAGUAGAUGACAAUCAAAAUCCUGAAUUAUAAAUUUAAGAACAAUAAUAGCAUUAAUAGCAAUAGCAUAAAAGAAUAAAAGAUUUAUAAACUGAUUCAGAACUGUAUAGGAAUUUUAGAUUUCGAAGAAUUUAAGGAAUGAAGCCAAUAAAACAAAACUAUGACACUGACAGUGAAUUGGAUGCAUGCUGGAUAUGUGAUGGUUGGUAAGAAGUAAAAUUUACUUGGACACCUGGUAAAUCAGGUGGAAUGAAUAAUGAUCCUAUAUUUGUUCAUUUGAACUUUGAAACUUACAAACCUGUUUUAAUGACACUUCAUAAUGGAGAAUAUUCUGCUUAUAGAAUGUGUCCUCCAAAUUUCAGAGUCACAUAUUUUUUCAGCAAUCCUGUACUUGGGAUCUAAACAACUGCAAAAAAUCAGUUAAUUACAUAAACUCCUCAAGAAGACGCUUUAUAUUCAACAAAACAAUCCUUUUUAUAUAAUGGAGAUAUUCUCAUUGAAGGAAACAAAAUGGGGUUCGUUAAUGAACUUUUUACUGAAGAUAAACAGUCAAUUAUGGAUAGAUACUUUGCAAAAAUCUUUAGUAAACCUAGAGAAGAAGAAAAAACCUUUGAUUUGACUUAAUUUCUAACCAAAACAGAAAAAUUUUGGAGUUAUGAAAUCUCCAUUUUUAAAAACUAUUAACCAGACAAUGAUGAAUUAAUUGAUGAAUGUUUUGAAUAUGAUUAUGGAAGUUCAAAAAUUAAUAAAAUUAUUAAGGACCCAAUUGAAUAUAAUGAGGUGAAGGAAAUUAUGAGAGAGUAUUAUCCUUAUAUUUUUGCAGCAUAUAAAUUUCUAGCAUCGACCCUGAUUGGAGCAACAAUUCCUUGUAUUUCAUCCAAUGCCUUUUCGGACUUUUUAUCAGCCACAGGAGUCAUAUCUGAAAAAUUUAGAUCUGGAGAUAUUGAUUUAAAUUUUAUUGCAACAUCAAAUGUUAAAGAUAUCAAUUAUCCAAAUGUUUAUGAAAAGGCCUUAGUGAGAUAUUAAUUAAUGGAAGUAUUAGUUAGAAUUGCUAUUGACAAAUAUCUGAGAACCUAAAUUUGCAAGUCAAUAAAAGAGAGUUUGAGAAAAAUGUUUGAAGAGGAUGGAAUUAAAUUAAAACUAUAAGAAAUUGAUCGCAGUUAAGAUUGGAGAGAUAUGAGAUAUUGGAAUGAAUAAUGUGACAUUUUAUUAAAGGAUAGAUUACCAAUGUUAAAAAUGCUUUUCAAAUUUACAUCUAAAUUAAAUGCCAAACAAAAGUAUUACAAACAUAUAUGGCUAUAAUUUAAAGAUUUCAGGGAUUUAUUAAAUAAAUGCGAUUUGUAUUGUGAUAUUUUUGUUGAAAGGGAUGCUUAUCUUGCUUAUCUACUAGCAAUGCAGACCUCUGUUGAUGAACUUUACCUGCUAAAACAUUUCUAAAUGGAAUUUUAUGAAUUUUUAGAAACUUUGGCUAGAUGUGCUGAAAAAUUAUCACUCGUAAGAACUAUUGAUUAAAUGACUAUUGAUGAUCGAAGAUUGCAACCCCUAUUUAAGAAAUUAGAUGCACUAACCUUUCUCAUUUAUAUUAGAUUGGGUGAAAUUAUUAAAGCAUAAUUUCGUGAAUCUGACGAUCUUUCUGAUUUUGAUAAAUGUAUGUAAAAGACUUACGGUCAACUACCAAAACAGCCAAAUCCUGAUGAUGAGGAAAAUACUGAUAAGAUAACACCUUAAUAAGAAGAAAAACUCAUUAGAAGAACAACUUAAAACCAUCGUUGUCCAACCUUUAAUUACUAUUGUAUUAUGCUUAAUUCAAUUUAGUCUUAACCAAAUAAAAAAUCAACUGGAAUGACCAUUUUUGCAGGUCAUCAAAUAAGCUAUAGUAGCAGAAAUCUAAUUUUAAAAUAACACAUUUAAUUUAAUCAAAUGUUGUAUAAUAUUUUAGGAACAAAGAGGAAGAAUAACAACUAAAAUGAUUAUAAUUUUGAUUUAUAUUAUUAAAAUCAAUUCAUAUAAAUCAGAAUCAAUAAUAUUAUGUAACUUUUGAGUAAUGACUUUUGA